CAGAGGAACAGAUAUAAAACCUGAAUAAAUUAGUGGCAUCAUACAAGAACAGGGAGCAGUCACCCGAAGCAGCUGCUUUCACAUUAGACCAUUGCUCAGGGUUCAAGAGCCAGCCACAAUGGGGGACAAACAAAUCUUUAAAGCUUUAUUGACAUUUAUAGUGGUAAUAAAGCUUGUGAGCACAGCAGUUACUGCCACAACAACUGGAGUUCCAACAACAUCUGGAAAUUCGACUACUAGCACUACAACACCAAUGAUGACUACAGUUACAAACACAAACACAGCAAAUGUUACAAACACCACACCUACAACAAACACAUCUGCGGUGCCUACAACAGUUUCAACUACACCUGUAAACACUGCAACACCAAUGAUGACUGCACCUACAAACACAACGACUCCUACAACCACCACACCUGUAAUCAUGGUUUCAAACACAACUGUGAGCGCUACAACACCAAUGAUGACUACAGUUACAAACACAAACACAGCAAAUGUUACAAACACCACACCUACAACAAACACAUCUGCGGUGCCUACAACAGUUUCAACUACACCUGUAAACACUGCAACACCAAUGAUGACUGCACCUACAAACACAACGACUCCUACAACCACCACACCUGUAAUCAUGGUUUCAAACACAACUGUGAGCGCUACAACACCAAUGAUGACUACAGUUACAAACACAAACACAGCAAAUGUUACAAACACCACACCUACAACAAACACAUCUGCGGUGCCUACAACAGUUUCAACUACACCUGUAAACACUGCAACACCAAUGAUGACUGCACCUACAAACACAACGACUCUUACAACCACCACACCUGUAACAACUACAACAGCUGAACCAGUAACAGGACUAUUGUUGACAUUCACCUCAAAUGAAAACUUCACACAAGACUUGGCGAAUUCUACAUCUACAGCAUUUAUAAAACGAAAGACGCUUGUAGAGACAGCUCUUACACCUUUUUACAACGCAACAUUUAAAUCAUUCCGGUCACUGACAGUGACUUCAUUCAGUAGUGGAUCAAUUAUCAAUGACAUAAGGAUUGAGUUUGCAUCUUCAGGUGUGCCGAAUACAACUGCUAUUGCAAAUGUUUUGAUCAAUUCAGCCUCAAAUAUAACAGCCUUCAACAUUACCACAAACUCUGUGGUUGUCCGUGAAAUAGUAGCUUCAACUACAACUGUGAGCGCUACAACACCAAUGAUGACUGCAGUUACAAAUGCAAUCACAGCAAAUGUUACAAACACCACACCUAUUACAAAUACAUCUGCGGUGCCUACAACAGCUUCAACUACACCUAUAAACACUGCAACGACAAUGAAUACUACAAACACAAACACAACCACAACGACUCCUACAACCACUACACCUGUAACAAUUACAACAGCUGAGCCAGUAACAGAAGUAAAGCUUACAUUCACCUCAAAUGAAACAUUCACACAAGACUUGGCGAAUUCUACAUCUACAGCAUUUAGAAAUCGAAGUACGCUCAUAGAGACAACACUUAAACCGUUUUAUAUACAACGAUUGAACUCAUUCCGGUCACUGACAGUGACUUUAUUCAGAAGUGGAUCAAUUAUCAAUGAAAUGAACAUUGGAUUUCUAUCUUCAGGGGUCCCUAACAUAACUGACAUUGGAAUUGUUUUAAUCAAUGCUGCCUCAAACAUAACAGCCUUCAACAUUGACCCUACCAGUGUUUUUGUCAAUGACACAAAGGUAAAUAGUGGAGUGAUCCACAAGAGCAGUCUACUCACUGCAUCCUGUAUGGUGCUGCUGUCAUGGCUCAUGUCAGGCCACCAAUAACAUGUCCUGAUGCUCUUGUGGAAUUCCUUUUGGAAAUGUCUGCUGUGAUUGGCUAUGAAAAAGGGACGUUGUUCACAUUGAAAAUCCAAGAGGACCUUCUGGUAAAGUGCAAAGAAUGGCUUCGCAAGAAUUAGAUACUAAAUUGGGUAACACACACAAUAAUAAUGAAGCAUAUUUUUAAAAAUGCAUCUACUUCAUCAUGAUUGCAUAUUUAAGUAGGAGAUGGAAUCCCAUCUAUGAUGGGAAUAACUUUAUCCACUGAAAGGGUAAUGUGUGUAACGUGUGUCAUUAAUGAGUAAUACCCUAUGAAAUCGGGAGAAGAAUUUGUGAUAUGUAAUCGUCACACUCCUCGUCACCGCACUGCUCCUCCAUCAAAUGGACAGUUUGACUGACUGUGGAAUUCCUGAAACAUAAGCUAUGUGAAUAACGCCCUGUAUGAUUACCCAAUCAUGUUUCAUAUGUUUAAAUCGUGUGAUAGUGUGUGCAACUUUGCAUUUAUUUUGUAUAAUUAUAAUACAGCACAGUAAUAAUAAAAAAUACAAGUAGGUUAUGCAAAUUAGGAAUAAAAACCCCCCCAAAAUGUAUAGACUACAUCAAUGUAAUAAUUCCUUUUUCCUUCUAAAGAAAAAAUCUGUCAUGAUAUACUGAAACUGCUUGCAUUAAACAAAUUGAAGAUUUAUACAGAGAA